GCGGUUAGUUAGCAUCUUCCCCCAGCUCUGGGCCGCGCGGUUCGGCUCACUCGGUGAACAGACACCGUGGCGAACGGAUCCUAUCCUCCACCCGGCCAUCCACGUCGAAGCAUCAUGUACUGGAUCCGGUCGAAGAAGCUGCGCGAGCGGCUCGCGCUCGGGUUCGGCGCCCUGCUCGUCCUCUUCACCCUGCUGCUCGUCGUCGACCUGCAGAUGGAUCUGGGGGUUUCGCGCGGCGAGUUCAUACCUUCGCACGCCCGCAUCCGGUACGCGAACCAGCCGGACCGGGCCGGCAUCUACAACGAGUUCCACCGGAAGUAUCUCGCCAAAAGCAACGCGUCCGGCUCGAAGGAGUACCUGACGACGAACGCGCAGCAGGCCCAGCAUCGCGGCCACACCGACACAUCCGGGCCGGGCUAUCCGGGCAAGGCGGCCGUCACCACCACCGUACCGCCGCCGCACGAUCGCUUCAAGGAUCUGACCGCGCUGGUCGUAGCGCCCCGCUCGAGCAAGCACCGGGCGCCGCAACCGUUCGAGCGUAUUAUCGUGCGCGAGGAGGCGUACACGGACGAGCCGCUCGACGAUGACGAGGCGAACCCGACGCUCGGCGAGCUGCUCGAUCUGCGGCCCGGCCCGAACGCCUCCAACCUGGAGCGCUUCCAGCUGCGCAUCUCCAAGCGGGAGCUGUACCGGCGGGACGACACGCUCGUGAACGCGGUCAUCGACGACAUGGUGCGGCUGCCGAUCCUGCACGUGGUGCAGAAGGAGGGCGGCACCCAGCUGAAGCUGAUCAUCGACUACCCGAACGAGGUGCACGCCCUGUUCAAGCCGAUGCGCUUCCCGCGCGAACAGCAAACCCUGCCGAACCACUUCUACUUUACCGACUACGAGCGGCACACGGCCGAGAUAGCGGCGUUCCAUCUCGACCGGCUGCUCGGCUUCCGGCGGGCGAUGCCCGUGACCGGCCGCAUCCUCAACAUCACCACCGAGAUCUACCAGGUGGGGGAUGAGGUGCUGCUCAAGACGUUCUUCGUCUCGCCGAGCAGCAAUCUGUGCUUUCACGGCAAGUGCUCGUACUACUGCGACACGUCGCACGCGAUCUGCGGCAAUCCGGACACGCUCGAGGGUUCGUUCGCCGCCUUCCUGCCCACGCAGGACGAUACGCAGCGCAAGGUGUGGCGGCAUCCGUGGCGCCGCUCGUACCACAAGCGCCGGAAGGCGCAGUGGGAAACCGACUCCGACUACUGCACGAUGGUGCGCGACAUACCGCCGUACGACGAGGGGCGCCGGCUGCUCGACCUGAUGGAUAUGGCCGUGUUUGACUUCCUCACCGGCAACAUGGACCGGCACCACUACGAAACGUUCAAAAUCUUCGGCAACGACACGUUCCCGAUCCAUCUGGAUCAUGGGCGCGGGUUCGGCAAACCGUUCCACGACGAGCUGUCCAUCCUGGCGCCGGUGCUGCAGUGCUGCCUGAUACGGGCGUCCACGCUCGAGACGCUGCUGCGCUUCCACAACGGCCCGCGGCCACUGUCCGAGGCGAUGCGCGAAUCGAUGGCGGUGGAUCCGAUCGCGCCCGUGCUGUGGGAACCGCACCUGACGGCGCUCGAUCGGCGCGUCGGCAUCGUGCUGCAGGCGGUGCGGGACUGCAUCCGCAAGUCGUCCGAGGAGGACGCGCACGGUGGCAUACCGGAGGUGCCGAAUGCGCUGGGACAGCGGGAUGCCAACGGGUUCUAUCGCUCCUAGCGACUGGCGGCCUACCGGCACGGGAUGGAGCUGCAGGAGCGGCACGGGCGGCUGCACGCCGUGAACCACCGGUACGCGCGGGCGGAGCAGCCGGUGCAGUAUCAGCA